GCACAGAACAGAGAAGAGAAACUUCCUUUACUGUAGAGUUUAGUAUUCUGACGGUGUAGAGAGGACGCUUUUUCAAAUGCUGUACACAUUAAUUUAAGAUAAACUGGGAGACUUAUGAGAAGACCAUGAGCCGUGGAUCUAAAUCUAAACUGGACAGCAUCCAGAGCUCUCUGCUGAACCAACAGGAGAAUGAGAAGCUGGAGGAGCUGUUGGGCAGAAGGUGUGCUUCCGUGGCCACUGCAGUUGCACAGCUGUUUAUGGCUUUGCCUCACAGUCCAUCCACAUGGAGCCUGCAGCAUACUGGAGUAGUCUGCUUCGUCAAAGACAACCCUCAGCGCUCCUACUUCAUACGGAUGUUUGAUUUGAAGACAGGGAGGCACGUUUGGGAGCAGGAGCUCUAUAACCAGAUUGUUUACUCCUCACCACAGCCGUACUUUCACACCUUUGCUGCAGACGACUGUCAAGUCGGACUGAACUUUGCAAUGCAACAGGAAGCAGAAGCUUUCCAAAAUGCUGUCAUCGAUAAAAUCAACCAAAGACACAACCGUCAAGACAAGAAACAGCGCCCCCCGCCGCCUAAUGAAAGAGGUUCCCUACCUCCAGUCCCAUCUCAAAAUGCAUCACCUGGCAGCCCUGGUUCUUUUCACAUGGCAACAGUGGACAUCCAAAACCCAGAUAUCCAAUCUUCACGCUACCGCUCCAUGCCUUCACCUGCUGCUCCCUUAGUUGUGACCAGCAAAGGAAAGAAGGACAAGAAGGAUAAGAAGAAAAAGGGCCUCAAACUCUCCAAAGCAGACAUAGGGGCACCCAGUGGAUUUAAGCAUGUUUCUCAUGUCGGUUGGGAUCCAAACAAUAUUGACCCAGACCUGUUGAAUUUGCUGUCGCAAGCUGGGAUCGGUGAAAAUGAGAUGAUGGAUGAACAGACUUCCCAGCUCAUCUAUAAUGUCAUUGAGCAGUCUGGAGGCAUGGAGGCGGUCAAAAGGGAGGUGAACAGAGCUGGUGGACCUCCACCUCCUCCACCUGGCAGACAAGGGCCUCUGCCUCCUGUGCCAGGCUCCAGUCACUCUGCUCCAAACCCUCCACCUCCUCGAGGCCGCUCUGGUCCCCUGCCUCCCAUCCCAGGCCCAUCACAGCGAGGGAGCCCAUCCCACCAGCCACCUCCAGCACGUGGAGGCGUGCCACCACCACCUCCUCCAUCAAGCAGAGGCGGUCCACCACCACCACCACCACCAGCACACUCUUCACCUUCUCACUUCCCAUCACCGCCUUCCAAAUCCUCUAAUUUCCCACCGCCCCCCUCCUCCCACAACUUGCCUCCUCCCCCGCCGCCCUCCAGCCAACAGCGCUCCAUGGGUUUCCCACCUCCUCCUGUCCCGUCUACACCCAGCAGAGGAGGUGGAGGAGGCGCCCCCCCCCCUCCUCCCCCACCACCUCCACCUCCACCUCCCCAAACUUCAAUUUCUUCAGAUUUCCCACCUCCUCCGCCUCUCUCUGGUGGCCCGCCACCACCUCCUCCCCCAUCUUCUGGAAAAGGAGAAAGCAGAGGAGCACUGCUGGAUCAGAUCAGACUGGGGAAGAAGCUCAGAAAUGUGACAGACAGUCCUGAUGUAGCCCCGCCAACAACACCAGAGUCAAGUGAGGGCAUCGUUGGUGCUCUCAUGAUGGUCAUGCAGAAGAGGAGUAAAGUCAUCCAUUCCUCUGAUGAAAGUGAAGAUGAGGGCGGAGAUGAUGACGAAGACGACGACGAAUGGGAUGACUGAGUAAUGGAUUUUGAACUUAUUUCAAGUUUGAGUUUAGUUACAGACUUCUCACUUGCAAUAAAUACUGUUACAUGUGUUUAGACACACUGAAACUGUGUGUGGAUCAUUUUAUAAACAAAUAAUAAAAGACUUGGAAGUGAAAUAACACAA